AUGGAUUUAAAUAAGUGGAGACGAUUUAAGCGUAGUGGCGGUUAUCGAAGAAAAGUUUCGAAAAAGUACUUUGAAAUGAAGUCGAUAUCGGAGUUCGUGUCAAGCGGAUCAAAAGAAAAGUUCUUAAAUAAAAAAGAGCCUGGUGAAGUUGGUGAAGUUUGUGAUGGUUCCGUACACGGUAAAAUGGAAAUAGACUUAGACAACUGUGAAGACAAUUUUACAGAGAGUUGUAAUGAUCAAGAAGAUACGGAAAAUGAUAGCGGAAGCAUUAAUAGUGGAUUUAAUGAUGGUGAUCAUACUGAGUUUGAUAAAAAUUAUGAAUUACAGGUGGAUAUAAAACAGUGGGCUAUUAGAAAUAAUAUAUCACAUUCAGCUUUAAAUGAACUUUCAGCGAUUUUAAAUAAAAGGAUAAAAUAUGCUUUACCUAGGGAUGCCCGUACUAUCCUUAAAACUAACAAUAAAACAAUAGACGUUACUACUGGGGGCACAGGACAUUAUUGGCAUAACUGUUUAAUAGAUCAGUUAAGAAAGGUUUUAGCAAUUGUAGAUCAAAUUCCAAAUCUUAUUUCGCUUAAUAUAAAUAUCGACGGUCUACCGAUAUACAACAGUUCGAGACAACAAUUCUGGCCAAUACUAUGUAGUAUUUUCGAAAUACCAAAGUUAUCACCUCUGAUAAUUGGUAUUUAUGCGGGGACCAGUAAACCAUCAAAUUUAAGUGCUUACCUUGAUCCCAUGGUAACCGAACUAAAACAACUUGAAAAUGGGCUGGUAGUCAAAUCUAAAACUGGAAAUGAUGUUAUAGUCACAGUACAAAUCAGAGCUUUUAUUUGUGACUCUCCGGCAAGAGCAUUCAUCAAAGGUGUUGCCAAUUUUAACAGCAAGCAUGGCUGUUUGAAAUGUACAGUCGUGGGUGAAUAUUCGCAUGUAUCUCAUGCCGUAACUUUUCCUACAUAUGACUGUCCAAAAAGAAAUAACGAAGACUUUAGAGCCAAAAAAUAUGAAGAACAUCAUAAACAAGAUUCACCGCUAUUACAAUUGAAAAUCGAUAUGAUAGAAAAUUUUCCUGUAGCUGACUCACUUCAUCUUAUAGAUCUUGGUUUGAUGAAGAGAUUACUUUUGGGUUGGAGGGAUGGAAAUUUCGGUAAAUACCUUACCAAAUGGAGUGCCAGAGAUAUUGAAAAGAUCAACAGUUUUUUAUCUAAGUGUAGAAUGCCCACAGAAAUACAUAGAUCAGUAGGAACAAUAGACGUGUUGGCACAUUGGAAAGGGUCCGAAUACCGAACUUUUCUUUAUUACCACAGCAUCAUAAUACUGAAAUACGUAUUGAACUACGACGCUUACUUUCAUUUUCUCAACCUUUACUGUGCAAUCAGAAUAUGCUCGAAUGAAAAGCAUUUCAUUUUUUUACAAAUCGCUGAUCAAAUGUUAGCUUAUUUUAUACAAAAUUUUAAAAUAUAUUAUGGCAAGGAUUACAUUACCAGCAACAUUCAUAAUUUGAAACACGUGGUAGACGAAGUAAGGAAAUACGGAAAACUGCACAGCUUUAACGCUUAUCCCUUUGAAAAUAAACUAUACACUAUAAAAAGGAUGAUCAGACACGGGAAUAAACCACUUCAACAAGUUGCCAAAAGGCUAAACGAACAAUUGACAGCAGAGAUUGAACAUUUUCAUGAAGAUCUACUAAUAAAGUAUCCAUUUAUAAAAACAUAUCAACGAAAGGGUGUGUUAAAACAUGUUCUUCACUUUGAAUCGUACAUUUUAUCAACACAAAAAGAAAACAAGUGGUUUUUAAGUGACCAAGAUCAUGUUGUUGAACUGAAUUCAAUAUGUUUUGAAGAUACUGACGAAAUCAAUGAGAUUCUAUUAAAUGGACAUCGAAUUACACAAAUCCAGAAUGUAUUUGAUAAACCCUUGAAAUCCUCGUUCUUAGAUAUUUACAAAUGUGAUUGUAAUAAUAUUAACAAAAUUGAAGCUGUGUACGGAGUGAAAAAUGUAAAAUGUAAGCUAGUGUGUAUUGAGUUUAACUCUGAAUUAUUUUUCAUACCUUUACUACAUACUCUGUGAUGCAGAAUAUAAUAUGUAAUAUCUUAAAAAGCAGCAAAGAAAAUAAACAACAUUCGAAA